CUCUAAACAAACGAACGUACAGAAAGGCCUGGGUUAAUGUUCGGCUAGUGAUCCUAAUAAAAUAAUAAACGCUACCCGUAAACAAUUUUCAGGGAAUCUGCAAUGGAUAAGCUUCAUAAUUAUCAGGGAAUAGAAGGACGAUUUCAUCAAUGCAGAGACAACAUUAAAGAAUUUUACGAGGACUUCCAUGCCAAAAAAUCAGUCAAUUUAGUUGAUAUAGUCAAAAAACAGCUAAAUGGAAACACGAGUGCCAAUAAAGACUUUAGCCAUGUAUUUAGAACAAAGACAAGAACCGAAUUAGUCAGAGUUUCUGCGGCUGUUAUGGGUAUCGAGUUCUCAUAUGCAGCCGAAACAGCAUUUGUUUCCCCAACACUUUUAAAAAUUGGAGUUGAGCAUCAGCAUAUGACACUCGUUUGGGCAUUAUCUCCAUUAGUUGGAUUUUUUCUAUGUCCAAUUUUGGGAUCUUUAUCUGAUCGCUGCAAACUGAAUAUUGGACGACGACGACCAUUCAUUCUUCUUCUAUCAAUUGGAGUCAUUUUUGGUCUUCUUUUGGUUCCAAACGGCGAAGCCUUAGGAUAUUGGCUAGGAGAUGAUAAUUUCCAGUCGCAAGAUAUGUUAGAUAUGUCAGAAAUAAACAGUUUAAAAAAUAUCACUUCCAUUUACAAUUCGCGACCGCAGUCUUCCCAUUCUUGGGGAAUAUUUUUUACCGUUUUGGGAACUGUACUCCUUGACUUUGAUGCUGAUGCUUGUCAAAGUCCGGCCAGAGCUUAUUUGUUGGACGUAUGUUUACCAGAAGAUCAAGCAAGAGGCCUAUCCACGUUCACCAUAAUGGCGGGACUAGGAGGUUUUUUUGGUUAUUCAAUGGGAGGCGUUAACUGGGAUGAAACAGAAAUCGGACGACGAUUGGGUGGGCACGUGAAAGCAGUAUUUUCUAUAAUAACAAUUAUUUUUAUUGCAUGUGUGACAUUUACAUUAACGAGUUUUGCAGAAAUUCCUCUUUGGGUACUAGCAAACAAGGAUACUAAGAAUUGUGGAGGUAAAAUGGCACUGUCAAAAUCAUACGGUGCUUGUGAUGAUGAUAAGACGAUAAAUUGUACGGACGAUAAUAAGCAGGUCACAACUGAAGAUGACAAUCCAAACAUCAGUCUAGCUUAUGGACUUGUUGACGACACGAGUUUUACCGAGGAUUCUGAAAUCAUUCAAGAAAAUGCAUGUACACAAAACGGAGAUUCAGAAAAUGCCCAAAAUACAAUGGAAGUGGAAUCUCUGAGUCACUAUUUACUUUCUAUUGUUUACAUGCCGUUGUCAUUAAAAUUGAUUUGCGUGACAAAUCUUUUUUGUUGGAUGGCGCACGUUUGUUAUUCGCUAUACUUUACGGAUUUUGUUGGCGAAGCUGUUUUUAAAGGAGAUCCCAAGGCCACUCUAGGCUCUCUUCCCCAGAAACGUUAUGAAGAAGGAGUACGUUUUGGUUGCUGGGGCAUGGCCAUGUACUCCUUAUCAUGCUCUUUUUACUCGCUUGCAAUUGAAUAUCUAAUUAGGCGAUUUAGGGCUAAAACGGUUUACGUUGGAGGACUUCUUGUCUAUUGCAUUGGAAUGGCUUUAAUGGCUUUAACUAGAGCCAAACUUAGUGUGAUAGUUUUUAGUUGGACAGCAGGUAUUAUGUACUCUACACUAUUCACAAUGCCUUAUCUUCUUGUGGCUCACUAUCACAAUGCUUCUACGUUUGAAUUGGAUAAAAACGGUGCAGCGAAACUUGGAUCAGGAUUGCGUGGAUUGGGUACUGAUGUGGCUAUCAUAAGUAGCAUGGUUUUCUUGGCCCAAUUUCUUUUAUCCUUAUGUAUGGGAACUAUUAUAAAAAUAUCGGGAACUACAACAGCUGUUAUUGGUACCGCCAGUUUUCUUAGUUUUUGUGGUGCCUUGUCCGCUACACGAAUUAUGUAUUUAGAUCUAUAAGCAUACUACGAACGAAAUAAUAAAUUGAAACAUAUAGCUUGCUUAAA